AUGAGCAGUAACCUAUAUUCACAUAGAGAACAACAAAACAAUCAAAAAUUCGAACAACUAGCCAACACAUUACAUCAAUUUAGAACCACCGUCAAUAACGACAUUCAUGAUUCAAUACAACAAGAACUGGGAUUAUUACAUCAAUUAAAUGACAAUUUUUCAAGUUUGAUGCAGCUGGUUAAGAGUACACUGAGUAAUUUGACCAACGUUAUGAAUCGAAAUGCUGGGUUGACGAGAAUUGUCGGGAUUAUAUUGUUGGGGUUUUUUGUGAUUUGGAUGUUGUUUAAGUUGUUUUAA